CGCCGUCUUGUGGUUGGUUGGUUGUGUUUGAUGACUGGUUUUGUACUUUUACUUAUCUAGAUCGACUCUUUUAACUCUUUAACUCUCAUAAACGUUGGUGUUCAUUAUUUGUGAAAUUAUAUUUAUAUUAAGUGAAAAUGUAUAUAAUAUCUAAUUUAAUUAAAGUUACAAUCCCUAACUAUUUAGCUAGUUUACCUAUCCCCGAUUCUUUCGGAGGCUGGUUUCGAUUGGGAGUUCGUGAUUGGCUUGCCUUAGUGCCACCUACACUUGCAGUUGGUGGCAUUUCAUACGUGUCAUAUCAAACUAUAAAGAAAGCUAGAGAAGUGGGCCAGGUCAACCCCAGCAUCAGAAAGGAUAUCAAUAAAGUUGUUGAUUUUAUUGAUAUUGAAGAUAUCACAGAGAAGGCCUCACUCUGUAGAUGUUGGAGGAGUAAAAAUUGGCCGUACUGCGACGGCGCUCAUGGUGCUCACAAUAAAGCCACUGGUGAUAACACCGGACCCGUGGUCGUCAGACACAAAGAGAACAAGUAGACACAAGCCAAGCUCACAAAUACAACUAGACAAUAGUGAUAAUAAUGUGAUUAUAAUAAUUACUUAGCUUAAAUUGUCGGAAUAUGGUAAAAAAUAUGCAUUUUAAAAUUUGUUUUUAUGCUUAAAUAUGAAUUUAAAGUUAGCAUUAUUUUUAAUAUUGAUUGUAUUUUUUUCUAGUUAAUUUUUUUAAAUCGUUUUUUAUGUAAUAUCCUUACAAUUUUGUAGUUGGACCAGUGAUAAUUAAUAUUUGCUUUUAUUAAGUAUUUAUGCAAGAGUAAUAAAGUUUUUGGAAUGUUACCAAUAAA